UAGAAAAGCGGCGGCAGCGGCUCUAGCGGCAGUAGCAGCAGCGCCGGGUCCCGUGCGGAGGUCCUCCUAGCGGUGUUGUUUCUCGAGCAGCGGCAGCUCUCACAACAGCGCCAGGACGAGUCCGGUUCGUGUUCGUCCGCGGAGAUCUCUCUCAUCUCGCUCGGCUGCGGGAAAUCGGGCUGAAGCGACUGAGUCCGCGAUGGAGAAAACUUUAGAAACUGUUCCUUUGGAGAGGAAAAAGAGAGAAAAGGAACAGUUUCGUAAACUCUUCAUUGGUGGCUUAAGCUUUGAAACCACAGAAGAAAGCUUGAGGAACUACUACGAGCAAUGGGGAAAACUUACAGACUGUGUGGUAAUGAGGGAUCCUGCAAGCAAAAGAUCAAGAGGAUUUGGUUUUGUAACCUUUUCAUCCAUGGCUGAGGUUGAUGCUGCCAUGGCUGCAAGACCCCAUUCAAUUGAUGGGAGAGUGGUUGAGCCAAAACGUGCUGUAGCAAGAGAGGAAUCUGGAAAACCAGGAGCUCACGUAACUGUGAAGAAGCUGUUUGUUGGUGGAAUUAAAGAAGAUACUGAGGAACAUCAUCUUAGAGAUUACUUUGAGGAAUAUGGAAAAAUUGAUACUAUUGAGAUAAUUACUGAUAGGCAGUCUGGAAAGAAAAGAGGCUUUGGCUUUGUUACUUUUGAUGACCAUGAUCCUGUGGAUAAAAUUGUAUUGCAGAAAUACCAUACCAUCAAUGGUCAUAAUGCAGAAGUGAGAAAGGCUUUGUCUAGACAAGAAAUGCAGGAGGUCCAAAGUUCUAGAAGUGGAAGAGGAGGCAACUUUGGUUUUGGGGAUUCACGGGGUGGCGGUGGAAAUUUUGGACCUGGACCAGGAAGUAACUUUAGAGGAGGAUCUGAUGGAUAUGGAAGUGGUCGUGGAUUUGGGGAUGGCUAUAAUGGGUAUGGAGGAGGACCUGGAGGUGGCAAUUUUGGAGGUAGCCCUGGUUAUGGAGGAGGAAGAGGAGGAUAUGGUGGUGGAGGACCUGGAUAUGGCAACCAGGGUGGGGGCUACGGAGGUGGUUAUGACAACUAUGGAGGAGGAAAUUAUGGAGGUGGAAGUUACAAUGAUUUUGGAAAUUACAACCAGCAACCUUCUAACUAUGGUCCGAUGAAGAGUGGAAACUUUGGUGGUAGCAGGAACAUGGGUGGACCAUAUGGUGGAGGAAACUAUGGUCCAGGAGGCAGUGGAGGAAGUGGAGGUUAUGGAGGGAGGAGCCGAUAUUGAGCUUCCUCCUAUUUGACAUGGCAUUGAUAUGAACCAUGGACAAGUAUAUUCUGCUGCCACAAAGGACUGUAAAGUUCUUCAUUUCAACAGCUGAGGCAAGCCAAGUGAUCAUUAAUAAAGCUUUUCUUGGUUCCUUCAGUGGUGUUGGUAGUAAAAUGGUAGGUAAAAGUUAGGCUGCAAGUGCAAUACAUCAUGAAAUUUCCCAUCGUUACAACCUUGUGAAUUCACAUUUCUCGGAUCAAGCGUUUUGAGUGAACUAAGUUUUAUUAAUAAAGACAUUUUGAUCUUCUGUUACUGGAUAUGGUUGUUCUAGCUUUACAUGCUGAUCAGGAUAAAGGAGAAGGUAGGGCAAAAUGAUUAUCUGAAAUUUUCAGAUAAUAGUGUUUAUACCUUAAAGUGUCUGACUACAUUAUAAAUCCUUAUCGCAUCCAACGCUAAAUAGUUAGUUGGGUGUGCAUGUGGUAAUCGUUUCCUAGUACCCUACCCUUUAGGAGAGAUGUAGGUUGGCUGCUGAAAUUCAGUUCUUAAACUGAAUGUCUUUGAGGACUUCAUUACCUGGCUUUAUUGCCUUUUCAGGAAUGUGAUGAUAAUAAGGGCAUAUUCUACUGUAUUCACCAGUGAGUCUUCUUUGAUCCUAAAACCACCACUGAAGUUAUUUAGGCUCUUUCAACAAACAUGAUAAACUUCUUCAGAUACUUUUUUUUUCCUUUGGCAGGAAGGUGUCUUGCUGCAGGUAACUAAUGAAGAAGUGGUCAACCACAGAGUCUUCGAGAAAUAAGAAAUUCUGUACCAUCUGAAAGUAGUUCUUGUUGGUGCCUUCAUUUAAAAAGCACUUUAAGAUUAAAGGGAAAUGUUUUCUGACAAAAUACAAACUUCAUUUUAGUAUAGGUUCUUAAUAUAAAACAAUUACAAGUUGAGUAUUGUUUGUAAAAUAGUGACAAAGUCAGUUAGAGAAAUGUAUCAUGUUUUAAAUUAGGUUUUGUGAGUAGACAGAUAAUUCUAUUUUAAAUAUAAAGUUUAUAAAAUAAAUACUUUUGUAUUGAAAUACUUGGUGUAAUGCUUACACAUAAAAUGUGCGAAUCUUGUUCUAUAAACAGUUGUCUAAAAGGUUGCCAUCCCCUCAGUUUUUAAAGAAAUUUCACAAAUCUAUGCAUAUUGCCAUUUUCUUUUGAUAUUACAUGAACGAGAAAAGCAUUGUGGACAUUAUUGGCUGUCCCUAAUAAAAUGCCAUUCCUUACUGUA